GAAGAGAGGAGAAGAGCAGGGAGAGAAAGGGGGAGCAAAAGAGCUGAAGGGACGGAGUGACUGAGAGAGAGAGAGAGAGAGAGAGAGGUGGAGAGGAGGAGACUGGGGAAACGACAGAGAGAGGUAAUGAGCACCGAGCUGCAGGAGUAUUAGCUGUCAGCCUCGUGAGCUGUAGAUCUCAUUAAAGAGAGACGGGAUGAAGAGAGGAAGGUGGACGCACAGAAAGGCUUAGAGUAGAAUGAAAUAAAUCAUUUGUUCAAUUGUUUUUUUUAAAUACUUCCAUCUCAGACAUGAAGACAUAUGAUCUAACUCUGUGUGUGUGUGUGUGUGUAUCUGUGUUUGUGUCUUUCUCUCAGGAUGAAGCGACCAUUGAGGCACAGUGUGUGUGGAGCCUAAGGUUCCCUCCGAGGCAUUUUGUGUGUGUGUGUGUGUGUGUGUGUGUGUGUCUUUCACAGUCCUGUGGCUCUGCUCCUGCUGCGUCGGAUCCUUCACGUGUGUAGACGUUUCUGAUCCCCCUCCAUCCCCCCUCACGUUGCUACGACAACCAUGGACUGCGGACUGCGUCUGCCUCCUGUCAUCGAGGAGGUCAUGGACGCUGCAGAUGAUCUGUGUGAGCUGAAGGGUGAGCUCCCGGGUUUGAGUGAUGGACUAACGGAUAAAGAGCGUGAAUCCCUGGAUGACAAUGAAGAGAAGGAGGAGAAGGAGGUGGAAGUGGGGAAUGGAGAAAAAGGCCUAGAGGAGGAGAAGGAGGUGAAGGAGGAGAAAGCAGGAGAUGGAGAAAGAGAUGAGAAGAGAAGAGUGGAGGAGGAGGAAGAACUGGAGGAGCUGAGAACGCAGGUGGUUCAGCUGCUGUUGGAGCUGGAAGAGGCAAGGGAGGUGUCCCAGAGGCAUGAGGAGAGCUACAACGAGCUGCAGGGGCUUUUGGAGGACGAACGCUUAGCCAGUGCCAAUCAGGCCGAGAGCUUCACAAGACAGAUCCAAAGGCUACAAGCCCAGCUGCGCUCAGUGCAGGAGGAGCUGGACAGCCUGGAGGAGGAAAAGGCCAGCGAGCUGUGGGAGGCCCAGGAGGAGCUGCGUGUGGCCCAGGAGGAGGUGCAGGAGCUGCAGCAAGCGGCUGAGGAGGCGGCAGCUGAGCGGGAGAAUGACAUCGCGCUCCUGCAGGAGGAGCUGUGCAGGCUGCGGGCAGAGCUGGAGAGACUUCACAACACUACACAAGAGUAUGAGUUAGAGCUGACUACACUACGUGCAGAGAUAAGCAUGAAGAGCCAACGCAGGGAGGAGCAGGAACAAACAGGCACAGAGGGAGAGGUGGGCCAGCUGAAGGAAAAAUGUCGCUCCUUGAUGGACGAGUGUCAGACUCUGAGAAACGACAACAAGCAUCUUGCUGAGAAACUGCAGCUGCUGGAACAGCAGAGAGACAGAGAAGAGCAGGACGGUCAGAAGGUGGAUGAGGAGCAGGCAGUGAAGGCCGAGGUCUACAUGAGCAUAUUACAGACGGAGCAGAUGACUCAUCAGGUGGACUCGUGUCUCCAAAAGAACUCGAGCAAGGUCAAAGCUGUGAAUCCUGAGGAGAGGAGUGAGGAGCUUUCUGAGGUGUUCGCUCUCCGAGACCAGCUAAAACAGGCUGAGGAAAGAGCAUCCCAGGUCCAAAGAGAGUGUGAGGGGUUAAAAGGAGAACUUCUCGAGCUGCAAGGACUUUACGAGAGCAGUCAGAAGGAAAGGGCUGAGCUGGAGGCAGAGCUACAGCGCUGUAGGGCGGAGCUUGAUAGGCUGGCAGGAAGGAAGGCCCAGAACUCCUGUCCUCCAUCUGAGUCCCCUGUUCUCUCCAUACCCUUCAUAGGAAUGGUUGUAAUAAUGGCGCUGAUAUGGUGCUGCUGGACGGAGCUCUUGUCCUAAAGAGGGAAAGGAGCGAGAGGGAGACUGGAACCUUGUUAUGCUGGUUACCAUGGCAGCAGCGGCCGUUUUGCUCGUACCCAGUUUGACCCGAGCGUUUGCUUGAGUCUGGACAGGAAGUGACCUCGAUCAGGUCAAUGUCUCAUAUCCACUUGCCUGCUUACCUUCUCUGUGGUACACAUUCAUGGAUGUAUUCACACUCACAACUGCCAUAAUCAUGUCUAAGAACUUCUGCUGAAACGGACUGUACAGUCUCAGUGGAGGAAAAACAUCACAUUCACAUGUGCUGCUUUGGUUUCUUGCUUCUGGUUGUGUGCGCUUUCACCCUCAAACACACUCUUCUCUCGUUGCUUUGGACAGUCUGUGGCUUUAGACGUGCUGCUUUUAAGAUGUGCUGUGACAGCAUGUGAUGUGAUACGCAAAUUCUUCCAGUUGUGUGUCACUUUUCAAACACUGGCUAGAUUUUUUUUUUGUGAUAUUUUAUGUUUAGCUUGUUUUAACACAAGAGCAAGUAUCUGUUCUAAAGCAUGCAUUAGACAGUUUAACCAGCACCAAUGUUAAAUGUCAAUAUUGUGAUGUAAGUGUUUUUCAUUUCCGUCACAGCUCAGAGGGAUGUUCGUUACGGAGGCAAAAUAAUUCAGGUGGUAGCAAGAGAGGACACUGGGAUUAUGAUAAACUGACAUUCAUUGAUAAACUCAAUUAAUCGUAAACCACUAUACAAUUAUUACUCUGACAGUAUAUGAUACACUACUAACUAAACUGCUGUAUAAUUUCUAACAUUGAUGGUCAUAACCAUUUUACGUUGGAUAGAUAUUUUUGUAUAUGCGUGUGUGUAAUCAAUAUGACUUGAUGUAAUGAGUUUAAACAAUACUAACAUAUAAAAGAGUAGGUUAUUUUUGUAAAAAUCUGAAAUGUAGUGAAUAUAAGAAAAUUUCUUGAAUGAUAUCAUUGACCUUUCAGAGAAUCAUAUUUCAGAGCAAAUAUUGCUCUCAAGCAACUAAUACAGUGCAGCUCACAAGUAGUUAGACAUCAGUGUUUUGGCUCUGUAUGCCACUCACGUGAAUUAAACAAAAAAAAAAAAAAAAAGAAAACAAAGUAAAAAAAGUCCAGAUAGUGAACUUUAAAUAUUUCAGGGGACCAUAAGCAUUUGCUCAAUUGGAUACCCGUGCCAUCGCAUCAUCCUUUCCUGUCCAGAGGAGCUAACAAAAGGUCUAGAACUGUCUCUAGAUAUGAUAUUUUAUAUAUCUGGAGUCUGUCAUCUACCAACAUGAGAACCAAAGAAAUGUCAAGAAAUGUCAAUACUUGUAUGGUAAACCUGCAGAAUAAAUGAAUCAGAGACACAAACACAAUAUUAAGUGUCUCAGAAUCAGCAGCCUGGCAGCAUUAUUUCACAGAUACAGUCAAGACCACCAUGAAGAGACGUGUAGCACAAAUACAGUAGCUUUUCCUCAAAUAUGCAUCUUCAAAAAGGUUCCUCAAGAGUUUGUUAGAUGGAACUUUUUUCUAAGUGGGAAGAUAAAUAAAUUGUGCAAUUUCUGUUCAGAAAUCUGUUAUUACCUACAGUCUAUGCUCAUUGAAAUAUACCUAACAAUAAUAAUAAUAAGAAUUCAUUUAUUCAUUCGUCUUCUGUAGCUGCUUCAUCCUGGUCACGGUCACGGAGGAUCCAGAGCCAACCUAGGAAUACUGGGCGUGAGGGGGGAAUACACCAUAAAUGGUACACCAGUCCAUCACAGGGCACCACACACACACACACACACACACACACACACACACAUUCAUACCUAGGGGGAAAUUAGCAUUGCCCGUCUACCUAACGGCAUGUUUUUGGAAGGUGGGAAGAAACCAGAGAACCACCAUGCCUCUCUUAUAUACAAAGAUUAAAUCUAGAACCUUUAAAGAUUCCACAAAGACAUGAGCACAGUUAGGUGUCUCAAAAUCAACUGCUUGGCAACAUUGUUUUGCCUGACUAUUUGCACUUCUGCAUUUCGUUGGCUUUGUACUUCUACUUUGCUCAGUGACAGUAAAGUUGAAUCUAAUCUAAUCUAAUUAAAGAAAGACUGCCGUUAAGUGAAAUUUACUUAUUUUAUCAUUUCCAGGCCACAGAACUGGAUGUUCUUGCUGACUCAAAUCCCAUUAAUAAGGUUCUUGCUGACUCAAAUCCCAUUAAUAAGGUUCCUCAAGUUCUUGUGACUUACAUGCAUCAGUUGCUGAAGUCACAGAAUUAUACAAAUUAAUUGCAUUCUGCAUGUUCAUCUUGUUCAUGUGAGUUUCCUGUGGACCUCCCAAAACAUGCCAGCAGAUUGAAUGACCUCUAGGUGUGAAUGAUGAGUGUGUGUGUGUGUGUGUGUGUGUGUUCUGGUAUAUAUGGUUUACAAGGACAAAACUCUGGGUUACUCACCAGCAUUGCAAGGGCACUCUGGUUUAUAAGGACACCUCAGUAUCCUUGUAAACUGGAAGUCAUAUACAGUAUGUUGUUUUCUGACCUCAAUAAUGCCCCAAUUAAGUUUUUUACAUUUACAUACCAUGAUAUACAAGUGUAUGAGUGUGUAAGAAUGACUCGUUAACCAGGAGGUGGCAUUUUACCACAAUACAAUGUGUAUGAAUGUGUAAGAAUGUCCCCAUAAACCUGGAGGUGGCAUUUUACAACAAUACAAUCUGCCCGGAAGUUUUACAACAACUCAAGUUUUACAACAACUUCAACAACUUUUAUUUAAAGAGUAUGUGUGUGUGUGUGUGUGUGUGUGUGUGAUGUAAUGCUGUCCCAUCCAUGGUGUAUCCUAUUGUUCCCAGUAUAGGCCCCGGAUUGACUGUAACUCUAAAUUGUCCAUUACUUUUGUUCCCCUGAAAUAGAAGACGAUGUAUGAAAUUCAUAUAGAUGCCUUUAUGAUUCACCCAUUCAGAGCCAAAGGUUAGAGCCAAAACAUAACAAUGUCACUAAAUUUGAAAGAAAUAUAAAAAAAUAUUUGCAUGGACAAUACAAGACGUGUAGCAUGAAUACAGUAGCUUUAUCUAAAGUAUGCAGCUUCACUUAGAAAAAAAUAUUCCUCAAUAGUUCUUUGGGUGGUUAAGAGUGUUUGUCCUUUAUAGAGGAUCUGAGUGCAAGUAAAACCCUUUGUAGGUUCCUCUUUAAGGGUUCCCCAAGAAGGACAGACCAAAGAACUAAGAGGUCUAAGAACUUCUAAGAGUGAAGAUACACAAAUGAUGCAAUUUCUGUUCAAAAAUGUAUUUUGUCUAAAAGCUGUUCUCAAUGAAUUAUACUUGAGAAUAAUAAUCUUUGUGUUGUAAAACUGAUAAGCUUAUUACCCCCUGCAUGGUCUUAUAAAAAAAAUCGUGGCAGUGUUGGCUUUGUGGCAGUUGGGCAAUUAAUUGGAAGGUUGUGAGUUUAAAUCCCUGGUUCCAACAAGCACCCACUGUUGGGUCCUUGAGCAACGUCCUUAACCCUCAAAUUCUCCAUUGUGUCCUGUCUCAAUUAUGAAUGAAUUAAAAACAUCAAUCAAAGGUUAAAUCCAUAAAGGUCCUAUGUUGGUUCCUACAACUGAGAUUUCCCCUUUUAGAGAGAAGCGGAAAACCUUUAGGAAGCUAAAUGCAUAACUUCUCAAUGAAAUCUUGAACAUUUUUGUCUCCAACAGUACAGUUAAUAAACAGGGCUGAGUUUCCCAAAAGAACUGCAUCAUGAACAUCAUCAUUAAUUGAUAGAACGAGCAUCACAUUGUACACUAUCUCUCUCCCAUUUAAAACGAUCUUUGCGAUACUUUUUGGAAACUCUGACCUAGUAAUUUUAUCUUAAAAGCACAAAGUAGCUUAUAAAUACUGCCUAUCUAAGCAACCUUGUGCUAAAUAGAACACAGUAACUGAAUUUUAAAGUGUGAUAACAUUACCGAGAGUGUUUCAUAUCACAAUAUAGUAUAUAACCGAUUAUCUGUACAUGCCUACUGCUACCAGUGUUAUAAUGUAUUUUAUACCACAGCGCUGUACGCAGCUGAUUGGCCUCAGACAGCAGCAACUUACACAGGGACUUAUAUGGCAGAAUAUGGCUCCACAUGAGCUGAUCAAAAAUGUGAUGAUAUGGUCAAGUAUUCUGCAAGGAUAUGUUUAUUUAGUAUUUAUGGAAGGAGUUUCCAGUGUCAGUGGUAAAGCUGUAGCUUUAAGUUUUCAUGGAUGAAGUUGUUUCUCUGUAACAUGAGAAGCUGCUUAACUUCAAGAAGGAGAAAAAAGGGAACGACUGUUUAUAGCUGCUGUAACAUAAGUGAUAAGAGGAACUAACUUGAUUAAAUAUAACUAAACUGAUAAAAAAAAAAAUGACAUGUUGGCAAAUUGUUGUGGUAUAAGAGAAUUGAAACACUCCAAAAAGAAGGACAUGCUGUUAUUGGAAGAUAAUCAACUUCAUGUUGGCUAUGGUAACAGUUUACUGUUUACAGGUUACAGGUUAUAGUUUAAUUUAAUAAUUUUACUUCUCAAGAAAUUCAUCACUAAACCCUUUCACACAGUAGAAUUUACCCUUAUUUAACUGACCAACAAGCUAUCCUCCUCUAAUUACAAACAAAACGCCCACAAUUCUGACAUGUAGCUGAAGAAAUGAAUGCAUAUAAAAUCCUGUGCCUCUUUCAUAAUGCUGAAACAUUGUUAGAGAACUCCUGAGAUGAAAUCGAUAUGUUUGUCCUGUACAUGGCUUAUCUACAGUGUGCCUAGGUUGUUCUACAGUGCUGUCUUCCGGGAUCCUGUCUUUAGACCUCGACGCUAGCGCAGCUGAAUGUGUCCUGAUCUGCUAACAGUCUGACUUUAUAAUGCAUGCUACACAGUAAACAAAAAUGUGGCCAUUUGUACCGAAUUAUAAAUAAUAUCAAUAGGUAUGCAGCUUUGGUGGGAUAUACUGUGAACAUGAAGCCUUCGAAUUUAAUGCAUCAUCACAUCAGCAGAGAUAUUUGGUAUUUUGUAUAGUUUUUUUGUAAUAAAAUGAACACAGAUGAGAGUCUGCAGUGGGCGCUUGUAAAGCCUGUAAAACUGAAUGUGUUUGCACGUUUCUCACUGUGGAUGCACUUGCAGGGAAGAUUGUUUUCCCCAUUAAAACAUCAGGCAGAGCAUGAGUCUGUUUGCAUUUUCUGAAAUUGUUGCAAUGAUGACAAUUACCUUUUUGACUGAUUUGUUUUGUUAAUAAGGUGUAAUCAAUUUAUUCUCUAUUCUGUUCUGUUCUGUACUGUCAAAUGUUUUCUACGUGUAUCUCUAAAUUUAUUGGGAAUAAUUUCUUUCCUUUUUUCCCCACAGUCCCCUAAGUUCUAGAUAUUAACUAGGUAUGUGUGUGGUACAAUUUCAAAAGCACUGGGUAUUUAUUUAUUUAUAUAUUUUGACUUAUGCUGCGUUCGACUAAAUCUCGUACCUCGGAAAAACCAAAGAAACCCCCAUCCUCAACUCGGAAAGUCAGGAAGGCUUCCUCAACACAGAGUUCAGCAUGUGAUGUCAUAUCAACAUGGCUGUGCACAUCAACAGUAAACAAAGUAGCACUUUCUUUUUUAAAAAUCAGUUAUACUGUAUAUAAGGGGGCACGGUGGCUUAGUGGUUAGCGCACUUGCCUUGCACCUCCGGGGUUUGGGGGCUUGAUUCCCACCUCCGCCCUGUGUGUGCAGAGUCUGCAUGUUCUCCCCGUGCUUCCGGGAUUUCCCCCAGGUGCUCCGGUUUCCUCCCCUAGUCCAAAGACAUGCAUUGUAGGCUGAUCGACAUCUCUAAAUUGUCCAUUGCGUGUGCGUGAUUGUGUCCGGCGAUGGGUUGGCACCCUGUCCUGAGUCCCCUGGGAUAGGCUCCAGGCUUCCUGCGACCCUGUGUAGGAUAAGUGGUACAGAAGAUGGAUGGAUGGAUGGAUACUCUAUAAACUAGUAUUUGCUUUAGAUCAAUCAACAUCCAGACACAUUAGCUUGGUAAAUCUAUAACAUUGACUAAACAGUUCACUGUUUUGAGGAGAAAAAUAUACGACACAUACCAUUUAUUGUUCGCUAGCUAGAUUGUUGCUAACAAAAGAUGAAAAUGGUGCCAUAUGUGUCGUUCUCACUUUGUAGCUUGAAUGCUAUUAACAAGCUAUUAACAACACUAACAAUGAUUUUAAUUAUAACAGAAUAACACAUUCUUUAUUAUCCAUUUCUAGUUAAAUUGUUUUUGGUACAUACUUUGCACCACAGUAAUUAACUACUUCUAUUGUGUAUCUGUUUAAUGGCUAGAACUUUUCCAGCUUUCUAGUGUACUUUAUUUAAAAUGUUCUACCAUUUACCAACAAAGUACUUCUGCCAGAAUAACUACCCAGUACUUUAGAGUUUUUACUACAAACAUGCCUGUUGAAUACCUAGAACUUAGGGGAUUGUUAAGGAAUGCCUUAUAUAUUUUUAAAAUUUCUUUACAACUUGACAGCUUUACAGCUUGCGCAGUAAUGAUGAGUUAGAAAAACUAUAAUCUGCAGAAAGUUUUGCCUCAUUUGAGUUACAACAAUAUAGUUGUAUUAAUACCAAUCUGAUAGAACACCUCAAAUUUUCUUAUGUGGGUUUCUCCACACUGAUCAUAGAUGAUAUGAGUUCCUGGAUGCUUAUGGAUAUCAGUUUUCUCACUAUUUUAAGUCCAUUAUCUUCCAAUACACUGAAAUAUACUUUCUUCCAUUCUGUAACAUGUAAAUAAAAGUGUGGUCUUAAAUGGGUCUGGUUCAGUAGGACAAAAAUGUCAAUUAUUUCAAUCAGUAAAUGAUUGAAAUCUGGAAGUUAUUGUUUUGAAAUGUAUACGUGUGACUCUGUGGAGAUGCUGUUGACUGUCUGUGUGUCACCCAGCUUCAUUAAACUCUAUUGUACAGUGUCUUUUUGUGUAAGAAAAUGAUGAAAACUUUAUGUAUUUUGGUAAUCUAACUGUAUAUUUUGUAAAUGAUUUGAAAGAAAUAAAGUAGUUUAUCCAUGUA